AUGAUUAAUUUAUCGUUAAAAUAUGUAAGCUUAUUAACGCUAUGUCUUCAGAAUAGCACGCUGGUGAUAGUGAUGAGAUAUUCUAGACUUAAUCAAGAUAGAGAUGCAUUAUAUUUCACGUCCACAGCAGUUUUCCUAUCAGAAUUAUCCAAAUUAAUCAUAUCUAUUUAUAUGGCUAUACGAAACCAAAUAAAGACAAAAGGUCAUUUCGACCUACGAGAGCUUUUCAAUGAAGUGUUUGCGGAAGAUGCAUGGAAAUUAGCAAUACCAGCCAUUUUGUACACGAUUCAAAAUAAUUUACAAUAUAUAGCUGUAAGUUUACUGGACGCUGCAACUUUUCAAGUAACCUAUCAAUUAAAAAUAUUAACAACAGCUUUAUGUUCAGUGAUAAUGUUGAAAACUUCUUUGAGCGGUGUUAAAUGGUUUUCUCUAGGAUUAUUGACAUUUGGUGUGGUAUUGGUACAAUUAAGAACUAACAGCAUUGUUGGAAGUGCUGCUGGCAAGGAUGAUGAAGCAUCAAUAGUAGAUGAAGAAUUAUUAUUGGAGCAAGAACAAAUCAUGCUUGAGAGAAUACUUGGUUUGAUUGCAGUUGCUAUAGCAUGUAUCAUUUCGGGUAUAGCUGGGGUUUAUUUUGAGAAGGUGUUGAAGGCAUCAAAAACAUCCAUAUGGACACGUAAUAUACAAUUAUCAUUCUUUUCUCUAUUUCCAGCAUUGAUUAUAGGAGUUUGGUGGAAAGACGGCGAAGGUGUUUGGGAAAAAGGUUUCUUCUAUGGUUACAAUAUGACUGUUGUUGGUGCCAUAACUUGUCAGGCCGUGGGCGGUCUUAUAGUAGCCAUGGUUGUAAAAUAUGCUGAUAAUAUUCUCAAAGGAUUCGCAACUUCUAUUUCCAUCAUCUUAUCAUUCUUGGCAUCCGUUGUCUUGUUCGAUUUUGUUGUUACUUUUAAAUUUUUGAUUGGUGCAACUCUUGUAUUGAUUGCAACUUAUAUGUAUAGUCAACCUGAAAAACCAAAACAAAGUUUACCGACAAUCAAUGAAA